AUGGCGUUCGACGCGCUCUCCUCCGGCUCCUCCUCCUCUGACGAUGACUCCUCCGUCAUCGCCCCUCAACCUGCUCCGGCUAGCGUUGUGCAGCGGAUCAACAUCCGCCAACACGUCCUGGUUCUCCUCGACCUCCCGUCCGGCAACUACGGCCAAUGGUGCUGUCUGUUCCAGUCCGUCCUUGGCAAGUUCGGCCUCGACGACUUCGUGUGCUCCAUGCCUCCCAUCGCCGAGUGCACCGCUGAGUGGCGGCAGAUCGACCAGACGCUCGUCAACUGGAUCUACACCACCGUGAACAAGAGCGUCUUCGACAUCGGCCUCUUCCUCGACAACGAGCUGCACCGCGCCGUCUACCUUGAGGCCGAACUCCGCUCCACCAUCCAGGGCGACUCCACGAUCGAUGAGUACUGCACCUCCCUCAAGCGUACCGCCGACAAAAUCCGCGACAUCGGCCAGCCCAUCUCCAAAUCCAGCCAAGUGCUGAACCUCCUGCACCGGCUCAAUCCAAAGUACCGCCACGUCAAGCCUGUCAUCACCUCCAAGCGUCUGCCGCACACCUUCCAGAGUGCGCGCUCUUUCCUCGCGCUUGAAGAACUGCAGAUGGCUCACGAGGACAAACUGGAGGCCGGCUAG